AUGUCCUUUAACCCUGUCACCGGAAGCCUCGGCGCCGUAAACCAAGUUGGGACUACAGCGACCGGAAAUGUCCAAUCAUUUGCUGAUAAGCCAGUGGAACAACUAAAUGAAACUACCAAACCCCUCCGAGACCCGAUAAUCCCGGGUCAGUUCCCGUCGAACGAAGCUCCUCAAAACGAGACACAAGCCGAGAUCUCAUUCGGAUCGAUCUGGACCACCAUUUGUGCCUGGUUCUCCAGCCUAGCCCCACAGGCAUUUGAUGCCUUUGAAUCUAUCAUUAAAUGGCUCGUGAACUGGUUGCUGCCUCCACCAAGGCAGGCCCAGCUCUACGAGGCAGCACUGAAGCGGCCUAUUGCAUCUACUUUCAUUGUCUGCCAGCUUAUCUGCUGUGGGGUUCCAAUGUUGGUCUUUUUGGCGGGUGUUUUCAUCUUUGCGGUUGUGGCGGUUCUGCUUUGGGCUGUGUUGUCACUUUUGAUCCUUGGCCCGAUCUUGCUUGUGGCUAGCCUGAUGGGUAUUUCACUGUGGGGCUGGGGGUGGAUCAUAUAUGGGCUGGUGAAGUGGGUUGACCAGCGGUUCCUUGGUGGGUUGAUUACUCGAUUUUGGCUUCCUAGGCAGCCACAAAGUGAAGAAGUUGGAGCACAGGAUGAGAAGAGAGACUGA